AGAUCAACACCGCAAGCCGGUGGUCAUGAAGAUCAAACCAGGUAUCUCUGAAUUGGCUAAAACACCUGAGAAAGCCAGUGAUUAUAUCUAUCCACUUCUGAGCUUUGCGUCCGAACACAUUCCCAAAAAUAAGCACCAAGAAACUCCCUUGUACAUCCUGUGCACCGCCGGAAUGAGAAUCCUUCCUGAAAGUCAACAAGAAGCACUUCUUGAGGAUCUGAGAACUGACAUCCCCGUCCACUUCAACUUCCUCUUCUCCGAUUCCCAUGUGGAAGUGAUUUCUGGAAAACAGGAAGGUGUCUAUGCAUGGAUUGGAAUAAACUUUGUCCUCGGAAGGUUCAACCAUGUGCACAAUGAUGACAAAGCUGUCGUGGAGGUUCAUGUCCCAGGCAGCGAUCAGCAGGAGGCGCUGAUGAGGAAAAGGACUGCCGGUGUCCUGGACAUGGGCGGCGUCUCCACACAGAUCGCAUACGAAGUGCCCAAAACUGUAAGCUUUGCUUCUCCACAGCAGGUUAUUAUCCACAACCAAUUCUGUUUUUGUGCCGUCUUUGUCACUCACCCUUUGUUCUUCUCCCUCCUGUCAACCGUUGUCAUUCCCUGGUUAAACCCUCUGUGCACCAUGUUUGUCCCGUGGAGAUGGUCUGCUCUCCAUUCAUCACUAUUGAAGGCAUACUGUAAGCCUGCUGCAUGACUCCAUAGCAGGAUUGUUGGACUGAAACCAUUGAGUCAUAGACGUAGUGACCAUCAAAUGCAAUGGAGGUUGCCCGUGUUAAGAUCUUUGGUUUGUGUUGUUCGUGAUUUACGUACUUAAGCAGGUUUGCUAUACACUCGUUGUCCUUUUUCUCUCUCAUUGGGCCUCAUUCACCAAUAUACUCCGAUUUUUUCCUUAAAUUUGUUCUUUAGAAGGUUUUUUAGGAAAAGUCAGUUCCAUGAUGUGAUCUUUAACCACAGAAAUAUUUGUAUCUUAUAAAAAUGGAGCAAGAGACUCAAUCAUGUAGAUGUGAGUCACUGCUGGCGGAUCAGUCAGCUCGAGUGG